AUGGAAGUUGGACGCAGGUUGUUGGAAUGGACUCCAAUAGCAGCCAUGGUCAUGGUUGAGUGCCUUGACGUGAGUCUCUCCAUGUUGGGUAAAGCAGCCAUGGAGAAAGGAAUGAACCACUUCGUCUUUGUUGUCUACUACAGCGCCUUUGCUACCCUCAUACUCCUCCCUCUCUCUUUCUUCAUCAACAGAACUACAAGGGCGCCCCUUUCUUUCUCGCUUCUCUGCAAGUUCUUCCUCCUCAGCAUUUUUGGUAUAACUGUCAUGCAGAAUUGUAUUUUCACCGCCAUUGACUACAGCUCUCCCACUCUUGGAUCCGCUAUGAUCAAUUUGACUCCAGCAAUCACUUUUGUGCUAGCGGUCAUCCUCGGGAUGGAGAAGUUGAAUAUUGGAAGCUCUAUUAGCCAGAUCAAGGUCAUGGGCACAGUGAUAUCCAUCUCUGGAGCAUUACUCGUGACCCUUUACAAGGGCAGUCCCAUCACCAGCUUUGGAAUUCCACACUCUCCGUCAAAACCAUUGUCAUCUUUGUUGGCUCAAACCAGUAGUAAUUGGGCCAUUGGGGGUCUCUUAUUUGCCAUUGCUUCUCUCUCUCUUGCACUCUGUAAUAUUACUCAGGACUACGGCAAGAACCAUAAUAGGCUUGGAGAUGUUGCAGCUGCCAAUUACAUUAGCACUCGUUUGUUAGACUGUCUGUUCCAAAUUCAGGAUAACCAAAACUUUCCAUAG